AUGCGCGAACGUUUUCUCCGCGGCCGCCGUGGAGGGGGGAGCUGCGUGCGGGCCGUCGCCGCCGCCGCCGCGGCCAACCUCGCGCACUGGCCGUGCAAGCGCGGCGCUGUGUUGAGGUGCGCCCCGCCGUCCGCGCGCCCAGGCCGCGUGCAGGCGCUCUCGCCCGCGCGGCGUUGUGUUGUCGCCCAACGGUUGCCUGGAGACGGCCGCCGCCGCCGCCGCCGACUCGAUCGAACGCACCACCGCCGCCGCCCCCUUGCGUGCGCCCGUGCCUCGCGCUUGUGUGUCGAUUGUUGCCGCGCGGUGCUGCUGUGUGCCGGUCCAGUGUCGGAACUGACGGAGACAUGUGAUGUGAACACUCGAGACGCCCUGCGAUGCCCGUCGGCGCGGGCGCGGGGCGAUGACGCGUCGAGCCGCUCACGGAGCCCACGCCCGCAGCGCCGCCGCCCACGCCCCGGCCCCGGCCCCGGCCCCGGCCCAGGCCCCCGCGGCGCCCCGACCAUGAGGCACGGAGGCCACCGGGCGCUCGCACUAGGUGAGUUCCGCACGCAGCAGAGACCAUUUAAACUCAUGUUCGUAAAAUGUAGUGGUGACCCCGCCCUUUUUCUAACAACUUGUAGAAACAUAGCCCUUGCGAUAGACUUUUCAUUACGUGCCCCCCUCCCACACUAUAUAUACAUUAUUUUCAUUCUAAAACAAAUGUGCGAAAUUACACAAUACAAUUUUGCAAAUAUAACCAAAAGAUUUAUUUGUAAUUUUAAGUUAAUGAAAAAAUAUUUAUAA